AUGCAGUCGAUUUCACGUCGUACUCUCCAUUACUCGGCAGCGCUAUCACGGGGUCGGACCGUCUUUUUCAAUAUCCACAAGAAAGUCACUGAUCCAGCUAAGCAGGAUCCUGACUACUUUGAAAAGGCUGCAAGACAGUUGCCAUUAGACGAUAACUACAUCGAUGCUUUGGGAAAGCUGUACUAUGAGAAGGUUGGAUCGGAGCGUGAUUUAGGCUUGAAAGCCCAGGAUAACUUGGUGGCGGAUCGAGUAAAGUUUGGUUUGCCUGACUUGGAUCUCCAAGCCCCUCGUUAUCCAUAUAAAGGUCUUGAUGUGUUAAAAGAUGCUCCAGAGAGUGUGAAGAAAAUCUUUAGCAUUGGAUUCGGUACUCGUCGUGAUAUGUCCUCUGAGUGGAAAGCUCAACUGAUUGGCAAAGUCAACCAGCACUCUCUCGAUAACAGUAGCUUGGAGAUGAAGAUCGCUUGGAUGACAGCGUUAAUUCGACAUUGGUCGUUGCUCGUAGAUGAUAUAGCGAAAAGGACACCAAAGAAACAAGUGUGGCUGACGCACCGCAUUUGGCAUGUUAUCAAUUCCAGAAGGAAGUGCCUCCGGCUUUUGAGGGAGAGAGAUGCUGAAGCUUUCGAGAGAGUGAUUAAUGAGCUGAAAAUAGCAUAUCACGUGCAGAAACAACCAGAGCAUGUAAAGACGAGGAAGGUAUGUUGUUUUGUUCGUUCGCGUUCUUGGCUUAGAAAACUCGCCCCAAAAUGA